AUGGCAGAUAGCGACGAUCAACAUCAGCAAGUGGAUCAACGGCAACCUCGCUCCCAUGUUUCACCAGAGCUUAUGCCCUCACAAUCCAUAAAUGACGAAUCUUCUGUAUCUCCAUCUCGCACACGGCAUUCACCUACUACAUCUCCGGUGUUCACAGGAGGUGCAUCACUUGCAACAGUUUCUUCCGUUUCUACUACGACAUCUACCCAAACAGGGAGCGCGAGUUCCGGCGGAUCUGCGUCUGUACGAGCUCCGACAGACCACACGCGCCCCGUGCCCAUUCGUUCCGCUGGGCAUCAGCACCAAGGAAGUGAAGCGACGGUGCGGCCCGCCAAUCAGGAGAAAGUUCGCCGUGUGUUGGUGGGAAUAUCGCCAUAUGGCGCUCCGAUCUAUCGUGAGCUACAUCCGGAUGAGCCGGAUCUCGAACCAAAUUCCAUGGGGGCCAGUAGGGCCGGGAGAAUCAAUACUAAAGAUAAGGUCACAUCGGGUGGAAAGAGUGAGGGUAGUGGGAGUGGUGGACUAGGAUGGUUUUUAUCCCCUCAAGCAAAGGCAGAAAAGGCGGCUGCCAAGGUUCAGGCUAAAAUAGAAAAACGGGCACGCGAAGUCGCAGAUCGCGAAGCGACGCUAAUGAAGGAGGUCGAACGGCGCAAGCUCAAGGAAGAGAUGCAGGACCGGUUGACAAAGAUUCGUUCUGGCACUACGAAGGACAUUCAGAAUAAAGACUUGCCCAGAAUAGAUGGGCACAAGUUUGCUUUCAUGGGUAAUAUGUAA